AUGUCUUUCCACUACUCAGCCGAGGACAUCCGCAUCGAGGACGGUCACAUCCUCAAGGCCCGCCUUCAGCGCGCUGACGGCGAGUGGAACGACGCCGAGAUCAACCUCAACAACCACAUCGGCAACGACAGCGGCCACUUCAUCUGGGACGGCGAGAACUUCUCCGGCUCUGCUGAGGACGUCGAGUUCAGCAUUGAGGGCGAUGGCUCCGUCCCUGUCCUCCGUGCCACUCUCUUCGACCAGGAAGGCAACGGCCACCGCCGUGACGUCAACCUGUCCGAGCGCGUCUCCAACAACAACGGCGAAUUCAACUACAGUGCGUGCUCUGCUGCUGCUUGA